UAUCGGAGCUAGCUGAAACUAAGUAAUUGAAAGGAUUUUAUUUAUUUGAGAAGGAGGCCUCAAAUUGGUCCUCACAGUCUUUGCUGCAAUGGAUGAUGAAUCAAAAACUGUGUUGAUGCUACGCAGCCUCCGCUGUUGUCAGAGGUGUGUCCUUCGAUACCUUGGAAGGAAGAAUAUCCAUGUCUACGCUAAUCCUUUAGAGUCUUGUCCAUCUUUGUGGAAAUUGGAAGACGGAGAGGGGGGCCCAAAGCAGGCCAGUACAGACUCUGAAGUUGUCCAUAAUCCUGAUCAAGCUGAACAGUCUGAGUUAAAAAGUGAAGGGAGCAAAGAUGGUGAGAUCUGCCCAGCUUGUCUUGGUAUACUACAAUCUUUGUGUGAUGAACGGACUGUAGACAAGAUUUGCUGUGAUGUGGAGGCUUUAAACUAUGAUUUCAAGACUUAUAUGUUGACUCUCACACUUCCUCUCCAGCUGGACAUUAGACAGCAUUGUUUGCUAACUCAUCUCAAUGAAAUCUGCAAAUUGUCUUUGAAGUCCACCGACAUCACACCUAUCAAGGAUGUCUUCAAGUGGGUUUGUGGUCGUCUUUUCAGCUACCGGUUCAAGGUCAAGUUUUCUCCAAAGAGCUCAUUUGAGGUUGGCUUGAGUUUUGAACACCAUGAAACACAAGGAGAAGUAGACACAUUAUAUGAUGAGAUAACAGAUAAAGAACCAGCUCACAAAAGACAAAAGUUUUGGAAGAAUUCUCAUAAGAAGAAAGAAGGGCCUACUAAACAACUAAUUGGAAGUGCACUUAGAGGGCUGACUAGUAGGCAUCUCAAGAGAUUGCUUCCUCAUCCACCAGUCAUCCCUCAGAGUGGAUCCUCAUACUCCAUUGAAUGUCUUCAUGAAUCAGUCUUCCUAGCUGGUCGUUACACCAAACAUUCUCGUCACCUAUCACAAACCCCAUGGAUUCUAGAGGGUGAAAGGAAGACAGAAUCUUCUGUAGAGGAGCAUAUAUGUAAACCAAUUCAAGAAGCAUUAAGAGCAGCAGAUUAUCGGUUUGCUUCAUCUGGUAGAGAGGAUGUUGAUGUAAGGACAUUAGGCAGAGGGAGGCCAUUUGUGGUAGAGGUUGUCAACCCACGUAAGAAUAUUGUCUGUGUAGAAGAAUGCAAAGGACUCCAGGAGGAGAUUAAUAAAAGGACAUCAGAUGUUGGUGUGAGGGAUCUUCAGAUUGUCGGCAAAGAUGCAACAAUGAAAUUAAAAGAGGGAGAGACUGAAAAGAAGAAGUCAUACAUGGCCUUAGUAAGGGUAGCAUCACCAGUAUGCCAAGAAGAUCUGGACAAAUUAAAUACUGAUCAGGAAAUAGUUUUGAAGCAGAAAACACCAAUCAGAGUUCUUCACAGGCGCCCCCUUGCCACUAGGGAACGUUCUGUUCAUUCCAUGACAACAGAGAGAGUAGAUGACCUCAACUUUAAACUCUUUUUAUGUACACAGGCAGGAACAUACAUUAAGGAGUUUGUACAUGGUGACCUUGGUAGAACCCAACCUAAUGUAGGAACAAUUCUCAAUACAGAUGCUGAUAUCACAGAGCUGGAUGUCACAGCUGUGCAUGUAGAUUGGCCACCUGAAUUAGAUGACUCAUAGAGGACUCAAACAGACAUCAACAAUUGAGGUCAGACACAGAAGAUGCUAUUAUGUACAAGCUUUAAUGUAGAAAAUGAUACAUUAUCAGAGCUACAACUAUGUUACAGAAAUAUACUGAGAUUCAAACAAUUAGGUAAAAUUUUUUUUUUUCAAUUCUGUUGUAUUCCACUUUGAUUAAUAUUUUUGUAAAUUGUCCAUUAAGUUGACAAGCAGAUAGCAGAUAUUCUAAAAGAAAUUUGAAUAUUAACUUUCUUUUAAAAUCUAUUAAAAUGAUUGCUUUACAUUUUAUAAUUUGGCAAUCUUGGUUUGGCCAAGUUCUCCAAUGCUUGCUCAUACAGUACUGAGUUUUGACUACCGGUAGCAAUUAAUUUAUACUUUAUUAGGUUUUCCUACAAAAGGCAAGGCAAGCUAGAAUAAUAAAGAAAAUGAACAAACUAAUAUUAAAAGCAUAGAUUGGAUCAUGCUAUUCACAAACCUUGGUUAUUUUUUUUUUACAUAAUACAUUACAUACUUUGUCUAUAGGUAUUAAUUUGAGUUUAUAAUGUAUUGACGUCCAUGAAACUUUAAAACUAUGUGAUUUGAAUUCUUAUAUUUCAUGUGAUAGCAAUUUCAGAGGAGCUGAAGUAAGCUUAGAACACUCAUGAAUUUAGGAAUGGAAACUUUAAGAAAAAAACCACAAUUUAUCAUCAAUGUGGACUCAUGGUACAAUACCUUAUCAUAUAAAUACAGUAAAAUUUCUAAUAUUACUAACCUUACUUUCCAGUGUUUGAAUUUGUCUUGUUCUAAUUUUAUAUCUCAUUUAUUGUAUGCUCCAAUAAUUUUUACCAACACCACCAAGUGUCACAUUCAAAUACUUAUAAAUAUGCAUCCAUGUUUUAUUCAAGUAUAUUACACGACUUUGAAUUUUCAUCAAUUAGCAAGUCUUACAACUUUGGGAAAUAUUUUAUAUGUGAUGCAAAAGCUAUUGUAUAAGUUUUUUUUCGAAUGUAUGCCGUUUUACUUUAUUUCCCUUUAGAUAUCUUGCUUACAAAUUUGAUUUCUAUGGCCCAUAUUCCAAAGUCCAGUUUGUCUUAUUACAUGGUCUAAUUCUUCAAAAAAUUAUUGGAAGCCAAACAUGCCUAAAUGUUGUUUACUUAGUUUGUCAUGUUCUAUGACUUUAUUUCCCCAUGCCUCAAUGGUGAAGAAAACUUUGAUUGUUAUUAUACACAGACAGUUAUGAAUGAAUUGAGUAGUAAAUGUGCUGACAAAUGGAACCUACAAUUUUUUGAAAUUGGCUUUCCAUAGCUUCGAUAGCUUUCCAUAGUAAAACCACAACUUUAGACCAAGGUUUAGAUUAAGCAAGAGUUCAGAAUAUGGGCCAAUGUGUCUCUGGGCAACCUAGCACAGCAAACGAUGAUCUUCGUCUCCAAGCAAGAUCCUACAAGAUAAAAAAAAAAUCAAAAGAAGAAAUUGUCAAAAAAAAUAAAUUGGGAAACAAAUCUGAAGAAAAACAAUAAAAGGGUACUAACUCAAGUUGCAAGAAAGGUAAAAGUAGUCAUUAUCAUGUUUCUUUUCACCAUAUUUAGAAAAAAAUAUGAAAAUUAAGGACAACUUCAAAGGACUGCUCUUCAGAUGAUUUGACAUUAAAAAUAUGGAAAUCGGCUGAAAUAUUCAAGGUGAAUCCAUGCAUUUUGUUUGCA